CCACCUAGCUAUAGUUUGCCAAAAUGAUAUUUUCCAAAAUUCCCGUAGUUUAUUUUCUCUUUAUCGCUCUCUAUUUUGCUUCCGCCCACGCAGCCACUUUUGCUAUCACAAACAACUGCCCCUACACCGUUUGGGCAGCUGCUGUGCCUGGUGGUGGCAGGCGACUAGACCCUCACCAAACCUGGCGCCUCACUGUGAACCCCGGCACAACAGGAGCUCGCAUAUGGGCUCGAACCAACUGCCGCUUUGAUGGAGCCGGCCGUGGCCAAUGCCAAACCGGCGACUGCGGGGGUCUACUCCAAUGCACAGCCUAUGGUACACCUCCCAACACCCUUGCCGAGUUUGCCUUAAACCAGUUCAAUAACCUGGAUUUCUUUGACAUCUCCCUAGUUGAUGGGUUUAAUGUUCCGAUGGAAUUUAGUCCAACUUCUGGUGGCUGCAGCAGGGGGAUUACAUGUAAGGCUGAUAUAAAUGGGCAGUGCCCUAACGUGUUAAGGGCACCUGGAGGGUGUAACAACCCUUGCACUGUGUAUAAAACCAAUGAAUACUGUUGCUAUGACGGGAACUGUGGGCCCACAGAUUUGUCAAGGUUUUUCAAGGAUAGAUGUCGAGAUGCUUAUAGUUAUCCCAAAGAUGAUCAGACCAGCACUUUUACUUGCCCUGGUGGUACUAACUAUAAGGUUGUCUUCUGCCCUUGAAGGGCCCUUUCUAUAGCUACUUUCAGCAAUGUCGAUCGAUCAGUAUCCAUCUAUAUGAAUAAGCCUUUUAAAAUUAUUAGUUAUAAUAAUAAUCAAGGAAUUAAGAAAGAAAAAUUAU